UGGUUUACUCCGAUACCGGCAAAUCCCUAUAAAAAAGAUUUACCAAGGUCGGGGACUAAUAGUCAUAUACCCACCUGCAGUUAUUAUUAUAUAGAACACCGUAGAAGAAAUAGUCACUUUAUACCCACAAUCGAAGCUAGCUGUGAGAAAGGAAUUAUCAGACACCAACUCCGAAGGCCAACAUGAGCAAAAUCCGGCUUCGUCAAGAGGCAGAUCUACCUGGCUGCGCCCUAGCUCUCAAGGCUGUUUAUGCUACAAAUGGAUAUCCAGUACACGGAGUAGGCGAUGCGAUAGGAUUCCUACAGACCGACGAUACGGCCUGGGUAGCCGAGAGCAUUAAUGGCGAGAUCACGGGUCACAUUUCCCUCUUUAAGGCCAGUCCAUCCGAUGUAUCAGCAGCACUAUGGUGGCAGUUACAUCCUCAAGAAGAACAGCCCAUCGCAAUACUAGGAAGAUUAUUCGUACAUCCUAAGGCCCGCGGCGGCGGAAUAGCGAAUAAGUUGAUGCAGACUGCCCUUGACGAAGCGCAGCGCCGAGGUCAGAGGUUAGUCAUGUUUGCCUUAGCCAAUGUCCCGGAUGCCAUACGAAUGUAUCAUCGGCUGGGCUGGGAACACUUUGGGACGACGGUUUUUAGGUGGAAGGGAGACGCAGGUGAGGAGCUAGAGAUGGAUGCCCAGUGUUUUGCGAGUCCCGUCUUGGCCGAUAAGUAGUAAAGGUCGGAGUCUCGCUUUGGAUCGGGUAAAUCAUAUCCUCUCUGUUAACGUAUGUUAUUUUCUUGUAAGGUACCUAGGUACUUUAGUAGAUUUUAUAGACGAAUCAAUGUCACUUAAGAAGGCCAUGUACCUACUAGAGGGAGAGCCUAUCGACGAUU